GCCCGGUUGGCCGUGUCGGGCCCGCUCGGCCGCGUGUUGGCCAUGUUGGCCGUCCUGGGGUCCGCCCGCCGGGCCCUGCUGCCGCUGCGGGCCCGGCCCAAGGGGGUCCUGGAGACGGCCCUGGGCCGGGCAGCGCACGUGACCCCCGGCAGGCCGCAGGCCAGAGUGGAAGAGGAAGAAGCGGAGCCCCGCCCCAGCACAAGUCCCUUCAGUAUCUACCCUCCAGUCCCCGGCCAGGAGUGUGCCUUGUCAUGGGGAGGAAGGACUUUUGAAGAUAUUCCGAUAGCGCACAUCAAGGCCACGUACAACAACACCCACAUCCAGGUGGUCUCCUCCAAGAACCAGCCCCUUGCCCGCACGUCCUGUGGGACCGAGGGGUUCAAGAACGCCAGGAAGGCCACGGGUAUCGCCGCUCAGACGGCCGGCAUCGCAGCUGCAGCGAAAGCCACGGUGAAGGGGGUGACCCACAUACGGGUGGUAGUGAAAGGCCUGGGGCCAGGGCGCUUGUCGGCCAUCAAGGGGCUGACCAUGGGCGGCCUGCAGGUCAUCUCCAUCACAGACAACACCCCCGUCCCACACAACGGCUGCCGCCCGCGCAAGGCCCGUCGUCUCUGAGCAGUGUGGCAGAGCUCCAGGCUCAGGGGGGCUCUGCUCCACUCCUUGCCGCGCCCCUCCGUGGGGUCCCGGGCCACCGGCCGAGACGAGAGAAAGGACGCGAGUUCCUCCCUUGUCUCAUCAAGUUUCAAAAUGAAAACUUUUCUUCCA